AUGGGAUUGGCUGAACCAAAGAAUAGACAACGCUUUGGGUUAGACCCAAGAAACACAACAUGGUCCAACGAUACCUCCCGAUUUGGCCAUCAGCAUCUGGAAAAGCUGGGCUGGACACCUGGAUCAGGGCUGGGGUUGGUUUCUCAUGCCACAACCACACACAUUAAGGUAAGAGUCAAGGAUGAUAAUACCGGAUUGGGAGCCAAGCUGGCUCGUAAGAAUAAGAAGGAUGAGUUUGACAGCGGCGAGUGCACUGGCUUGGACGUUUUUCAGAGACUUUUGGGACGUUUGAACGGGAAAGAGACUGAGAUAGGCGACGAAUUGGAUAGACAAAGAAAAGAGAAUGUGAUCAAUGGUAAAUGGGGAAUUGCGUUUGUCAAAGGGGAGACCUUGCAAAGCACUUGGGAUAGAGAGGCCAAAGCGUUUGUUUUAAGGCGUAAGAGGCGAAUAAGCGAGAGUAUAGAGGAUGCAGAAGUGCAGAGGAAGUUGUUAAAGAAGGAAAAAAAGGAAAGGAAAGAAAAGAAAGAAAAGCAAGAUAAAAAAGAGAGUAAACAUAAACCCAAGAAGGAAAAAUCCGAAAAGCAGGCCAAAAAGGAAGCUAAGAAAGAGGCUAAGAAAGAAGCCAAGAGAGAAGCUAAAAAGGAAGCUAAAAGGGAGGCUAAAAGGGAAGCAAAAGACAACCUGAAACAGCAAGGACUUAUUGAAAACACAGUCACUAAAGAAAGCAUGCUGCUGCCGAAAUCAAACACAAAUAUAAUUGCUUCAAGGCUUGCAGUGAGAUCAAGGUGGAUCAAACAGAAACGUGCUGCGGUUAUGGACUCCAAAGCCCUCAAUGAAAUAUUCAUGGUCGCUCAGUAA